CUCGAUUGAGGCAGGGUCAGAGGCUAAGGGUGACUGACUGCCCAGCGCCGGGUUCUCUGCAGCGUGGCUCGACUUUCGGGCGGCUGGCGAGGAUGCUAAUCCACAGGGUUCCUGAGCCCAACAUCCCUCCCUCCGCUCUGAGGCUCGAAUCCGCUAUUUCAAACAAAUCUGGGUUCUGCCCUCAGGGUGGCGCAAUGACAGGAGCCACCAGGUGACCCUGGUAACUCAUGCACCUAGGAUGGGAGUCACAGCUGCUGGAAACAGGAUUCCUGGGAAUCUUUCUGUGCCCUCUCUGGACGCUGUCCCGCCUCCCUAAGCACACCCCCACAUCCCGAAUUGUCCUGUGGGGCUUCCGCUGGCUGAUCUUCAGGAUCAUGCUUGGAGCGGGCCUAAUCAAGAUCCGCGGGGACAAGUGCUGGCUGGACCUGACCUGUAUGGACUUCCACUAUGAGACUCAGCCAGUGCCCAACCCGAUGGCCUACUACCUGCACAGGUCACCCUGGUGGUUCCAUCACUUUGAGACACUCAGCAACCACUUCCUAGAACUCCUCGUACCUUUCUUCCUGUUCCUCGGGCGCCGGAUGUGCAUUCUUCACGGGGUGCUGCAGAUCCUUUUCCAGGUGAUCCUCAUCAUCAGUGGGAACCUGAGCUUCCUGAACUGGCUCACCAUCGUGCCCAGCCUUGCCUGUUUCGACGAUGCAGCUUUGGGAUUCCUGUUUCCCUCAGGACCUCGAGGCCUAAAGAACCAAGUCCUGGAGAUGCAAAGGGAAGAUGCACAAGGGGUCCAGCCCAAACCAAGAUAUGGCUGCAUGGUGCGGCGAGUGGUCAACAUCUCCCUGGGCAUCCUGGUGGCCUGGCUCAGCGUCCCCGUGGUUAUCAACCUCCUAAGCUCCAGACAGGUCAUGAACACCUCCUUCAACCCACUCAGGAUUGUCAACACCUACGGGGCAUUUGGAAGUAUCACCAAGGAACGGACUGAGGUGAUCCUGCAGGGCACAGCUAGUCCUAAUGCCAGUGCGCCUGAUGCAGUAUGGGAAGAUUAUGAGUUCAAGUGCAAGCCAGGCAACCCCUGGAGGCGGCCAUGCCUUAUCUCUCCAUACCACUACCGCCUGGACUGGCUAAUGUGGUUUGCAGCUUUUCAGACCUAUGAACAGAAUGAGUGGAUCAUCCACCUGGCGGGUAAGCUCCUAGCUGGUGAUGCCGAGGCCCUGUCCCUCCUCGCCCUCAACCCCUUUGAGGGCAGGGCACCCCCCAGGUGGAUCCGAGGAGAACACCACCGUUACCGGUUCAGCCUGCCCAGUGGCAAGCACGCUGCCCAGGGCAAGUGGUGGAUACGCAAGCGCAUUGGUCCCUACUUCCCCCCACUCCGCCUUGAGGAUUUGAAGGACUACUUUAGGACUCGGGAGUGGCCGCUGCCGAAACCCCAUCUAGACAUGCCCUGAAAUAAAGACCAGAGACUAA